AUGAGAUACCUUCCAUACUUACGGCAAGCUCAAGAGAUUUUAAUCAAGGCGGGUAAAGGUGAUGCAACUGGGUUGACAGGACUUUAUCGACAUCCUAAUCCAAGACCUGUGCUAACCAAGCUCUACAAUGCCACUUUAAAGAAGCUUGCCAAAGAUUUCCCCAAGGAAUCGAUCUACAGACAGUCUGUCGAAAGCAUGACUAAAGCCAGACUAGCUGUGGUUGAGAAAAAUGAGGUUCUUGAUAGAAUCGAGAAAGAGAUUGGAUGUGGAUUGAUUGAGGAGUUGGUUAUUCAGGCCAAUGAUGAGUACAACUUGGCCCAAAAGAUGGCUGAAUGGAAGGCCUGGGAGCCUUUGCAGGAGAAGCCAUUAGAGGAUCAGUGGGUUUAUUUUGGAAAGAAGGUUUAG